UCGGAAAAACACCAAGGAAAAAGACAUAACCACCAUCAUAUGACCAGUGACUACCUCUAGCCUUGAAACGGGUUUCUUCACGUGACUUAUAUUACAUCAUUACUCAUCUCUAUAAUACCCUAUUUAUCUGUCUCAACAAGCACACCAACGUGUGCUAAAUUCAAAAUGCAAAACCUCUCAACAAGAGAAAAUGACUAUUUCACAGCCGAUAAAACCAAACACAAAAUAUUUCUUACUGCUCCUUAUAUGAGGAAUCCGACCCUUCCACGUGUUCCACAUGCUCCUUCUCAUCGUCAAAGUGGCUUCCCAACACUGGAAUCGAAGGCUCCCAUUUGUUGGAUCUCCAGGCCGGAACCUUCUCAUCCCACAUCUGGCCAAUCUCUUCCAAUCUUUUUCCUUUUGUCUCAGGGAAAAAAAAGAACACAUGCACAAACAUGGCUCCACAAAACGAGCCGUACACCAUGUAAGUCUUCCAGGUGAUGUUUUUAAAGGCCGAAGGAGUGAACAUCGCCAACGCAAAGUUGAAACACCAAUUGGCAGGUUUGGACCCUGCACACGCCCGCUGCGUCGCGCGUAGCCUCGUCAGAUCAACGAGUGACACCUUAAACCAUAACUAAAGUAUCACCAUAUUUUCAGAGUUGCCCCGUCAUCGUCAGACACCCCGCUUGUCACACUUUGUUGCAUGAUGUUGAAAGGUUUACGCAAGAAAGCGCUGUUGCUUCUGUUAUCAUCCCAGCUGCUGCAACACCUGCUCGGUAGCAAUAAUGACGAUAAACUAUACGGACCUAUAUUGAAACAAGUCCAUGACUUCGAGGUGGCUCUAAAGGCCAUGGACUUCUUGCUUGACGACCGAUCGUCCGAAGGAACCGACUUGUUGAAGAAAAAGUUGCAGGAGAACAAAACCCUGGAGUCCGACCAACCGGUAGGGAUUUUCCACUUGGCAUUAGGAGUGAUGGAGUUCAUUGAAGCCACCUUGGGAUUCGAGCCGGAGGUCAUGGCUAAAGCCCACCAAACGUUAUCGGGGGCCGAAAGCGCCCUGGUAGAAAAUGCAAAGUACAACGUCAGGUACAACCUCGUGACUUCCUAUAUCUAUCCGCCAGGAACCGAGUUUCAAGUGACCCAUGCUGAAUCCACCUUAUUGAAUGCCCUCUUGAUGUUGUUGCAGGAGAACAACGGGGUGGUGGAGAGUGCCAAGGCUUUGUACAAGUUACGGAAGGCAUACCACACGUUGGAUGCGGUUUAUAAGCGAAUCAAAGACCUGGAGCCGAUUUUCAAUAGGAACCUCUCUAGGUUGAGAAAACAGUCUUCCAAGGUGUUUCAGAAUAAUAGUAGUGUGAGCUCCGUCGACUUGCCUGGUCUUGUGGAUGAGAAGACGUCGACGUUACCUCCAGACUUUAAGUUGAUGAAGGAUUUGGAGGCUGUUUUCCAGAUGAGAAAGUCCCGGGUCGAAGGUACGAACCUCGAUGAGUCGGCCGACUUGACAACUUCGGUGACCGAUCCUCACUAUGCUGAUUCCUAUGGGGGUGCCUCUAUUUUGACCGAAUCUUCUACUGAAAGAAACGACACCUACUUGCAUGUCUCGACCAUCGACGAGUUCAUCCACUCGGGGGUGCAGCUUUGCUUUGGGAUUCUCCAGGUGGUGCUUUCAUUGAUCCCCCCAACCAUUGGGAAGGUAUUGGCAAUUGUGGGAUUCAAAGGAGAGAGAGACGUAGGGUUGAGGCUUCUCUGGAGAAAUGCUAUUACCUGUCGGAACAUCCAUGGAGACCUUGCGUUGUUGUGCUUGUUGGUAUUUUACGACGGGCCGGUGCAGUUUGUGGAUCAAGGAUUUCAAUUACCAGAGCACACCAAUGCCAAUGUCUCUGUCAUCAUUGAUAUUGGGGCCCGAACCUCGAUUUCCGAUAGUGAACUCGACAAGAUCUUGAUGAACCCGGACUUCUACACACCCCAAUUGUUGGAUAAGGCCAGAACCAUUUUCCCUCAUAAUGCGUUGUGGGUGUUACAGCAGGGCCGUGUGUUAGCAUCACACGGACAAUUGAAGAAGGCCAUUGAACAGAUGCAAGGGUUUACAGACGAUCCGAACAACAAGAUCCAGAUGCAACAGGCCGAAUCAUUAUUGGUGUUUGACCGAGGAACCUUCUAUUGCUUUGACCAUGAGUUUGACCUUGCCGCCAGAGACUUUCUCCUGUUGAUAGACAUGAGUUCGUGGUGCAAGAGUGCUUAUUUGCUCAUGUGUGGGUCUUCGUACGCAGCAAAGUACCGGAUGAUUAAAAUGGGGUUGGUUGAGUACGAUACGGAGGAGGAAAAAGCCGAAAAGUUGAAGCACUACGCUCAAUUGGCAAAGAAGUAUAUCAAGUUAGCCCCCACUUAUAUUCCAGGACACGGGGCCAAUGCCACAGGUAGAAAAGGUGGGAUUGGAGGCGGAAACAAACAGCUUCCAUUUGAUAAGUUUGUUUUGAGGAAGUACAAGCAAUUAGAGGAGCGGGAAAAGCAGUAUCCGGAUGUGGCGUUUGUGGACCUCAUGGGAACAUCUAUCAUCCAUGAGUUGAUGUACUUCUGGAACGCAUACAAUCGCAUGGGUACAAAAGAAUUGCUUAUGGCUAUUAAAUUAUUGGGGUACUCAGGUGAUGAAGGCACUCCAUACUCCGAAGCUGGGUACGCCGUAAUCCCUGAAACCGAAGACGAAGCCAUGAUCAGAUACUUUUUGCAAUCGUUAUGCCUUCGGUCAUUGGGGGAGAUUUCCACCGGAUUGAGUGUGCUAGACUCGCAUGUCAUUUCCAAAUUCGUAGUUCUGGACUCCCCCUUCAAGUUCAACCGGUUGAACUACAGUCCCUACUUGUGCCCCACGGUCUUGUACGAGAAGACGAUGUUUGUGUGGUUGUUAAAGACCAGUAAGCCCGAGUUUGACGUACAAGAUGUUGCGAAUGAAAGUAAGAGCUGGUUGAAGAAAGCAAGUACUAUUAGUGAUACGGGAGACUACGAAUUAAGUAACAGAACCAACAUGAGAAUCAAAGCUGCCAGCGAGAAGUUGGACCAACUUGCUCAGACCAAACGGUAAGUACAUAGGUUAUAGCAUACACAAACAGCACCCUAGUUGAAGUACAAGUCGAUCAUAAUGCAUGCCACGUUGAUCUUUAGACACAAGCUCAAGAACCAUGUCACUGCCAAUGCUGGCAAGAUUCCCACCACGAGAAUCAACUGCAUAGUUCUUACCGGACUGUCAUUUUGGUUGUUGGAGUUGAUGCUCUGAGUGUUGACAAACGGCAACGAAUUAAAUCCGUAGAAGGUUAUGACAAAGUAGUAGCCGAUUGACACAAAGUAAAGGGUGUUGGCCAAUAAGAGCGACAUGAACGACUUCUUGAUGGUGAUAAUUGGUAGGAGAAUAAACUGCACCAAAUACAAGAGACACCAGAUGAUGAGAAACGAGUUGCAGUGCACGUCGAAGCAGAAACUCCACUCGAUGUAGUUGACAUUGUACCGAUUUUGUGAGGUGACGCCCCAGGAGUUGCUGAAGAUCUUGUUGGAGACCAACCAGCUGAUGGUCGAGAUCAUAAUCCCCGUCAAGAAGAAGUCUAUCACCACCAUGUAAACAAUGAGUUUCAAAAUGUCUAGUGCAUGUGGCGAGUAUGCCAACCCCCACGCCACUGCACUUAUGCUGAGAAACAAGGUCAAGAGAAUCAAAAAUGAUGGGUCGUCUCGGGCAUAGUUGUUCUUCCCGCUGGUCUGAUAUUGCUUAUAGUAGUACUGAGAUCGAUACAUUUUGCGGGGAUUUAUGAUGAGUUGGAAGAUCUCCCACAUGGCGGUCUCAAAGUCGAGUGUCUUGGGCUUGAAGAACCGUUUAAACAUUUUGUGGAGGGAUUGGGUAGAAUUAGAGCUGGAAGUACCGUUCGCAAAUGUUGAUGAGGUGGAAUACGAAUUGGGGACUGGUGUAAACGGCAAGCUGGAAACCAUUGAUGAACCUGAAAUUGAAUCGGGCCGUGUUUGCAGAAACGAAGGCAUGCUGAGAUCUGGCGGGAAAAGGUCCUGGGUUGUGUAAGGUAAAUUAAACCGUUUGCUCAUGAGGAUAGUGACAAGACUGGUAAAU